GGUCAAUAUUUUGCGUUGCACUCGUCCAUUGUGGAGCCCACGCUGAUAGAAGAGAGUGCAGUAUGUGCAUAAUCCUGCUGAAACAUUGUUUGUCAGCUGAGUGAAGACUUAAUCAUUUGUUGAAUUAGUUGCAGGGUGCAUAUAUCUUGUUAAAAUGGUAGGGAAGAUAAAGCGAACCCGACAGAAAUUCCAUCAGGGAGCAGUGAAGUUUGUUGCCGAUGGUGAAGCUACAGCCACAUCAGUGUCACUGGGCCAGGGACCAGCGCCGACACCAGGAGCUGGAGGUGCGAAAGGAUCUCCACUCCUGGAAUUAAGCAGAAAAACCAGCGUGGGCGACGCUUUACACCAGAUACAGAAGCACGAAGACGCCAAACAGAAGGUUUUGGAUCCAUUUCCUUCCUCGGUCUUUGCCGGAACCAAAAUCAGCACAGAAGCCCUCGUCCAGACGUUGAAGUAUGAUGAUCUGCCCAGCAACGUUAUUUCUGUUGAGACAGGGACGGAGAAGAAGAAGCAGCAGUCGAAGAAGGAGAAGAUGAAAGAGAGAAGAGAGAGGUGGCUCAACAAGAUCGGCGCCAUCACCCGGGCGAGGGAGCAGCAGGCGGCGCAGGCCCGCAGGAAGGCCACGCCCGUGGUGGGGGACAUGCGUCCCCUGGCCGACGCCCUGCCGGAGCUGUCCCAGCUGGUCGGCAGCAGCAGGACGUCCACGCACCGGAAGGCCAGGGUCCCAGUGAAGAAGAAGCCAGAUCCCACAGACUUCAGUUUGAUGAAACCGGCUCAGAAACGCAAGCUAAUGGAGACUGAGAUCACCAGGUUCAGCGAAGCCGUGAAAAACCCCACCCUAAAGACCAACCCCCUGGCUGCCAUUGGUGAACAGCUGAGGAAGAAGCUGAAACAGGAAGAGGAGCAGAGUUAACCCCUCCCCCCCCUGGCUAGGCUUCAUAGUAGUAGCGGAGCAGAACUUAAACUCAACUGCGUCUAGCAGGAGGGAUAGCCUCCGCACAAGGACUCCAACGAGUGCACAGGACCCGCAUGAGUAACUCUCUCUCUCCCUCAGACGCCACUCAUUCACGGGCCGAGCUUUUAGCGGAACGCCCCCGGGACGAGUCCUGACAGGAGAGAGCACGCAACACCGCCGUUCUCCUGUAAACUCUCUCUCUCUCUCUCUCUCAGCCCAUGACGGCAGUCGCAGCGGAGCAAUUGCUGCUGACUAGCAAGCCUCUGCAUUCCGCUGUUUUAUACACAUUUUUUUUCAAGGACUUUGUAAUCAGCGGCCUCUUAAGAAGAACCUAAAUGUUGAAUGAAUGUUUUUGACACGGAGAGAAGACUGUGCGUCGAUCGUUCACUGUUCCAUUUCUUUUCCCUCCAUUAAAGGGGAGAUAUUUUGAAAGUC